UCGCUGUUACGCUGAUAAGGAGGCUGUUAGGGAAAUGUCUGGACGCGGCAAACAAGGAGGGAAGGUUCGAGCUAAGGCCAAGACCCGCUCAUCCCGGGCAGGACUCCAGUUCCCCGUCGGUCGUGUACAUAGGCUUCUCCGCAAAGGGAACUACGCCGAGAGAGUAGGCGCUGGUGCUCCCGUGUACCUGGCCGCUGUGCUGGAGUAUUUAACCGCUGAGAUCCUGGAAUUGGCCGGUAAUGCCGCCCGGGACAACAAGAAGACCCGCAUCAUCCCCCGUCACCUGCAGCUGGCCGUGCGCAAUGACGAGGAGCUGAACAAGCUGCUGGGAGGGGUGACUAUCGCCCAGGGAGGUGUCCUGCCCAACAUCCAGGCCGUGCUGCUGCCCAAGAAGACCGCCGCUGCUGCUGCCGCCUCUACCUCAGGAAAGGGCGGGAAGAAAAGCUCCCAGCAGUCCCAGGAAUACUAAUCAUCUACUGUGCUGGUGAUA